CCACCCCCUUCCUUCAACUGAAUGGUCUCGUCCGUCACCGUCACUCUCAAUGUCACGCUUUUUCAGCCUCACUGAAAAAAGUGUUUAUAGAAAUGAAACAUGUUUAAUUUAAGGUGUGCGGUGUUGAAUUCUGUAAGUGCGUUACGCAGACAGCUGGUCACCCCACUAAAUGCCAGCGUGACAGUUCCACGGUGUGGAAGCAGGUGGCUGCCGAUCCUGAGGACAUUGUCCAGCAGCGCUGUGAGGCACCAGGAGGCAGAGGCUAACACCGGGAAAGACUUCAGUUAUUUUCCUCCGUUGCCUGGUCAAGAAAGCACACUGAGAUGGGCUGGGAAGAAGUUUGAGGAGUUACCGAUUGUUCACAUAAAAGCAACUUACAACAACACACACAUCCAGCUGUCAGACAGCGCAGGACAGUCUUUGGUUCGGACGUCGUGUGGCACAGAGGGCUUUAAGAACAUCAAGAAGUCGACCCCCAUCGCCGCUCAGACUGCAGGCAUCUCUGCCGCUGCGAAAGCAACAGCAAAGGGAGUUACGUUCGUUCGGGUUGUGGUCAAAGGUCUUGGCCCUGGACGUCUGUCUGCAAUCAAAGGCCUGACGAUGGGCGGCCUGCAGGUGGUAUCGAUCACCGACAACACCCCCGUGCCGCACAACGGAUGCCGCCCACGUAAAGCCAGGAGGAUGUGAUGCCUGCUAACUUGUAUUAUGCUAAUAAAUUGCUUUUGUUAU